AUGACAACUACCUCUGACACCCCCAUCACGAGCACCGCCAAGGCGUCCGAGGCGCCCGCUGCCGCUCACACCGGGGACGAGGCGGCCGCCGCCUCGCCGUCGAGCUCGAACGAGCAGGCGAAGGAGGACAAGGAGGACAAGGAGGGCGAGAAGUCCGACAACGACCAGGAAGAGCAGAAAUGCCCGUCGACGGAUCAGCUUAGCGCUCGCUCACUUGCUGACCGCUCUUCUGUCGGUUAUGCAGCCGCUGGCAUCUGGCCCCUCGUUGGCGAGGAGGGAGGAGGACCAUUCCAGGUUUUCGCUACGUCCGCCGGCGUGCCUCUGUGCUCGCCUUAUCCGAGCGAGCAGCAGAUCAGGCGCAGGUACGAGGAGGAAGCUGAGUCGGCCGAGAAGACGGCCAAGGCUGCCGCUGCGAGCGAGAGCGAAGAGGAGGAGCAGGACGAGGAGGAAAACGGCUCCUUCGACGCUUCGUUCCCUUCAGCCCCGGCGAGCCGUGGGCCCAGCAAGAUUUCCCUCCUUACUGGCACGAGCGAUCUCAGCCCGGCGGCUUCGUCGUGCCCACCCGAAGAGCAGCGUCGUCGCCGCGCGGAGGACAAGGCGGAGACCGAGAAUGAGUAG